CAUCGGAAAAAUGUGAGGAAAUUAAUCGAUAUAUAAGCACUUGAGUUGAACUAAUUAAUCGAUUGGAUUCAAUCUUUUAAUGCGAUUCAACCCAAGUGUCUUAUUAUCCAAUUCAGUUGUUCCACACCUAUCCUAAAUUCUAUCAACGUACAAUAUUAAUUCAUUUGAAAUAAUUACUCUGGGGUUUUUACUUUAUCAAAAAAUAUCUUCAUUAAAUUCGUCCUUCCAUCAGUUUUGAGAUUUUUUUUACUUUCUCAUUUUUGUAUUCUUGUUUUGACUCUGUUCGACUUAUAUAAAAAGGGAAAAAAUAGGAUUAAAAAUUAUUUCAAAAUAAAGAAAAACACAUUUCGUCACAAUUUUAAUCCUAAAUGGGAAUAAAACAAAAUUUUGGAACCAACUCUAAUAAGAAAAAAUAAACAUCACUUAUGAGACAAAUGAGGUAAUUGAUACAAAUUAGGAUCGGGCCGGACAAUGACGUGUAAUGUCGCAUGAUACGAAAUUUGGCUAACUUUGACAUGUUUGUGAAGACAAAAUAAUUUUUGGAAUAAUAUGAACUAGUUAGUCUAAGAUUGUUAUUGUGCUAAUAAAUUACAGCCUUACUCUUUCAAGUUAUUGCCUUAUAAAGGUUAGACUUUUAACUUUGGAGAUCUUAUAAAUAGUUAGUCCAUGAAUAUUUUUCAAUUUUCCAUCAUGUAUACAUGAAUAUUUUUGAAUUUUUGAACACUAAUAACUGUAUAAUAAUGUAAUAUUCGUUCAUAUAUUCUCAGUCUAGUAAACUCGUAAAGUUAUUUCCCACACUGCGGAUCGAACACAUAAUCAUAGAGAAAGUUAUAACAAUGUCAUUGAAUUACAAGAGUCAUUUCCAAGUCUUUAUCAAAAUCACACUAUAGUGGUUGUGCCCCGCAAAAAAAAUGACGCUAUACAGGCUGGUAGGGUAUGACUAUGAUAUAUUUUCGUGUUUUAGUGAAGGUGGAUUCACAAUUUAAACACGCAAGUUGAAGUGGUGUGAAUAAUUGGCCACAACGUGACAAAGACAUGCAUGGUCAAGUGUCUGCAUGCAAUAAUAGAAAACAAAAUGUCUUUUUUUCUUUUUUCAAAGAAAAAUGUUUUUAUUUUAAGAAGCUACAAAAUUCUUUUACUUUUAAUAUUCCCUCCGUCAUAAAAUUACUUUUAAAGUUACUUUGAAUACUUUACUUUUACUAUUAUUAUUCUUAUUAUUUAUUUAUUAUUAUUAUUAUUAUUCCUAUUUGUGGGUGCAGAUUUUUGGACAAGGCAGCAAUAAUAACGGAGGGCGAGGACCCUAAAUCGCCGGACCUAUGGAGUCUAAAUACGGUGCACCGGGUAGAGGAGCUGAAAUCGGUCAUCCGGAUGGGUCCAAUAUGGGCGUCCGGAAUCAUACUGAUCACAGCGUAUGCCCAACAAAACACCUUCUCAAUCCAACAAGCAAAGACCAUGGACAGCCACCUCACCCGCUCCUUCCAAAUCCCGCCCGCCUCCAUGUCCGUCUUCACCUUGUCCUCCAUGCUCUCCACCAUCGUCUUCUACGAUCGCGUCUUCGUGCCCGUGGCCCGCCGGUUCACGGGCCUCCAACGCGGUGUCUCUUUCCUGGCCCGCAUGGGGAUCGGCUUCGCCAUCUCCAUCUUUGCCACCCUCGUUGCGGGCUUCGUGGAGACCAAGCGCAAGAGCGCGGCCUCUGCCCACGGGCUGACCGACCGCCCAGAUAUGACCAUUCCCAUUCCGGUCUUCUGGCUGGUCCCGCAGUAUUGCUUGCACGGGGUGGCCGAAGCGUUCAUGUCCAUCGGUCACUUGGAGUUUUUCUACGAUCAGUCCCCGGAGAGCAUGAGGAGCACCGCCUCGGCGUUGUUCUGGACAGCCAUUGCCGCCGGGAACUACGCCAGCACUGUGCUUGUGUCAUUGGUGCACAGGCUGAGCGCGGGUCCCGGGGGAUCAAUUUGGCUCCCGGACAACAAUUUGAACAAGGGGAAGUUGGAGUACUUCUAUUGGUUGAUCACACUGUUGCAAGUGGUCAACUUUGUGUACUAUCUCUUUUGCGCCAAAUUCUAUACUUUCAAGCCUAUUCACGUCCGAGACGAGGCCCUUGCACGAUCCACAACAGAUGGGAUUGAGCUUGAAAACAAUAAUAUUUGUCCUUAGUUCACUUUUACUCUAUAUAAUUAAUCAAUCACUUUCAAUUUUUGACUUACAACUAAAUAAAAUUAUGAAAAUAUUUUAUAAAAUAGGAAUUUACCU